AUGCCGGCGGGUCACGGCUAUGCGGGCGAAGCGGUCGGAGAGUCGACCUGGGCGGCUCUGGAGGUGCAGCUGGCGGGCGAUUGGGAAGCCCGACGUCAGGCCAUUCAGGCACUCGGACGCGAGAAGCAGCUGGGUGGCAGCGACUUCGAGCGUGCUGUGGAGACAUGGAUCUUUGGUUCUAUUCAUGUACUUUCAGCCGACCCACAUGGAGUUCACCCCAAAAGGGUGUGUGUCUUUUGGGAAGAUGAUCCAUGCCUGCUCAUUUGCUGUUUUGGGGGGACUCUGAAGCUUUGUCAGGAAUUUCUAUCUAAUCACCUGUUCCAAGAAUGCAGACAUUAG